AUGACAGAGAUUAGAAUCACCUCUAGCCGGCUCGAUCCUGAUACCAACGGCAGCGAGCAGCAAACUAGCCCCGGCGGCACCGACGCCCAGCAGGACCGAGAUCCUGACCGCGCUGUCCUCGGACUUCGGAUCGGCGGGGUCCGCGACGGUCAGCUCGGCCCAGCCGAGGAAGAAGCUCGUGCCGAGGAGUAUGAGGACGUUGAUGCAUGCGCCUGCAAGCCCCUGCUGGUCGGACCGGACGCUGGGGGUGAUGGAGAUGUUGGAGACGUUCCACAGAACGUCGAUGCCGAUGAUGGCGCCCACCAUUGCUGGGAAGAUCCACGCCCAGUGGUUAGCGCCGCUGGUCGGGAUGAAGACGAAGAGGAGCGAAGAGGCCAGGAAGCCCAGCGUCGAGAGGAUGAUCAGCAACGCUACCGGGAUCUUGUGCACGACUGCGCUGCCGACUAG